AUGGGUGUUGAAACUCGACGUGCAACGGCAGGUGGACGACACAAAAAGACAACUCCACCAAUAUUCAGCCAUGAAUUCGUCAUCCAGAAUCACGGCGAUAUUAUGAGUUGUGUGCUGAUGGUCUUUAUCGUCGGCCUCAUGUUCCCUCUAUCAGCCUACUGUUACCGUUUCGUAGCUCCUCAAUACAAUGAAACCGUCAACGUCACAUCCGAGCUAGCGGAUAUUUUCACAAUUCUUUUCUAUGCUGUUGCCUGGGUUGUGGUACACGCUGUCAUUCAAGAGUACUUCUUGGAUAAACUGCAGAGAAAGGCUCGUCUGUCGAAAGUGAAGACCUUCAAGUUCACGGAAUCAGGUCAUAUGUCACUGUUUGCUCUCUACUCUGCUUGUCAUGCCGUAUAUGUGAUUAUGGAUUUUGUGCAAAAUUAUACCGAUGUGAAAAGGAUUUGGCUAGGAUAUCCUGAAGAACAUCGUUGGAUGAAUCUCAAUAUGAAAUUGUUUGCCAUUCUCCAGAUAUCGUACUGGAUUCACCAGUUCCCUGAGUUUUACUUCCAAAAAAUGAAAGCCGAUGAGAUCAGACAGCGAACCGUUCUUUCGGUCCUCCAUAUUUGUUUCAUUAGUGCCGCUUAUAUUAUGAAUUUCAUGCGGUUCGCUGUUGUGCUUCUAGCGCUGGAAUAUGUGUCACAAACUAUUUUCCACUUUGCUCGCCUUCUUCAUUUCCUGGAAAAAAAGGAAAUUGCGAAAAAUGGGUGA